UCAAACGAAGAAGACGCAGCGGCAGAAGCAACCGAAGAAGAAGAAGGCGGCUAACGUUAACUAGCCGUGUCAGGCAGCAGUGACACCGGUCGUAGUGAUCCACCUGCAGUCGCUAACAUCCGUCCCACGUCUCCGAGGGAAACCUAAAAGCCACCCGCCGACAGAGGAGGCCCGCCUGCCCGCUGGAAGCCCCCGUCGACCCCUCGGACUGUCCGCAGCUCGCGCUGUGUUUUCGGUCAGCCUCCUCCGGCCCCUCCCUCUCUCCGUGGACCUCCGGCCCCCCUGCAGGACCGUGGCAGAGCACACCAGCGGGGCUCCAUGAGCGGCGCGGGGCAGCAGCAGCAGGUGGGGGGCCUGCGUUCUCGCCGAGGCCUGGUCCGGGACAGGGACCCUGGGCAGAGCGUGGGCAUGGAGGCGGCCUGCUGGCUGGCCCCCGGAGUGCUGCGGAGGCUGAUCGAGCUGCCCUCGCCCCCCCUGUCCCGACAUCAGCUCAAGAGACUGGAGGAGCACAGGUACAGCAGUGCUGGUCGCUCUCUGCUGGAGCCUCUGAUGCAGAGGUAUUGGGAGUGGUUGGUAGCACGAGUCCCAGCCUGGAUCGCCCCAAACCUCAUCACCAUCAUCGGCCUCGCCACGAACGUCUUCACCACGCUCGUCCUCGUGUACUACUGUCCCACCGCCACGGAGCAGGCUCCUCUGUGGGCGUACCUGCUCUGCGCCGUCGGUCUGUUCAUCUACCAGUCGUUGGACGCCAUCGACGGGAAGCAGGCCAGACGGACCAAUAGCAGCUCUCCGUUGGGUGAGCUGUUCGACCACGGCUGCGACUCACUCUCCACCGUGUUUGUGGUGUUGGGAACCAGUAUAGCCGUGCAGCUGGGUACAAAUCCAGACUGGAUGUUCUUCUGCUGCUUCGCUGGGAUGUUCAUGUUCUACUGCGCCCACUGGCAGACAUACGUGUCAGGAACGCUGCGCUUCGGGAUCAUCGAUGUGACUGAGGUGCAAAUCUUCAUAAUAAUCAUGUAUCUGCUAGCCGCCGUGGGAGGAUCGGCUCUUUGGCAGUCACUGAUUCCAGUCCUGAACAUCCAGAUGAAAAUGGUUCCGGCCAUCUGCACAUUUUUAGGAGCCAUUUUCUCCUGCACCAACUACUUCAGAGUUAUAUUUACAGGAGGCGUCGGAAAAAACGGAUCCACAAUAGCAGGAACCAGCGUCCUGUCUCCAGUCCUGCACAUUGGUACGGUUAUAAUUCUGGCCAUGAUGAUUUAUAAGAAGUCUGCAGUUCAGCUUUUUGAGAAACAUCCGUGUCUUUACAUCCUGGCGUUCGGAUUCGUCUCGGCCAAAAUCACCAAUAAAUUAGUUGUAGCACAUAUGACAAAAAGUGAGAUGCACCUCCAUGAUUUAGCCUUCCUGGGACCGGGACUGCUGUUCCUGGAUCAGUAUUUCAAUAGUUUUAUUGAUGAGUACCUGGUGCUGUGGAUCGCAUUGGUGAUUUCGCUGUUCGACCUGGUGCGUUACUGCGUCAGCGUGUGUAACCAGAUCGCCUGCCACCUCCACAUCUUCGUUUUCAAAAUCAAGCCUUGUUCGUCAGCGCUCGCCGCUUCUCACUGAGGAAACGCCGGCCGCCAUUGACUCUGUCUGUUCGUCGUCUUCUCCCUCUGACACGCAGGGGGCGCUGUGGUGUAAAGUAUGUGCUUCUGCCAACUGAAUGUGAGGACAAAUACUGUACAUAAGAGUCUGGAGUAUUACUGUGCGUGUUCUUUCACCUGUUGCAGAGGAAACAGUCCAGGUGCUACUCAGUGAGUGUUUUAACUGUUUCUGUGAACCAUCAUGUAAAGCAAAACCCAUUCUGUUCUUUUCAUGACUAUAAUUUUGUAAGAUUUGCAUACAGUUACCUUUUUUUGCUAUUGUAAAUACAAACUGUUGCGGUGUCCGUGCUUCUCUUUAAGUUAAAGGCUUCGACACUUUCACACUCCUCGUGUUUCUGAUCUCGGAUCAGCUUUCUGUUACAGCAGACGGUUUGUUUGGAGGAAACGUGACGUCUGAAACCACUCACACAUGCGCUGGCGGGUUUGUAUAUUUGUAUGUGAAGUCUUACGCUAGUAUAUGCGUAAUGUUAAAACUGCACAGGGUUAAGCUUCAGUCUGAGCACAGACUAACCUUCUCCGUUUGCCGAUUCUCACUUAUUUACAAAAGUUGCUCAGAUUUUUUUCACAUUUUGCAGCCGAUGGAAACAAUGUAAAAAUAGUUCAUUUAAAUGUUAUCAAAGAGUCCGAAUCACAGGAGCUGCUGCUAUUAUUAUUAUGAUUAUUAUUAAUAUUAUUUAAAAAAAAAGUAAAAUGUGGCUGAAAAAUGUACCCAAAAAAUAAAUUGUCAACCUUAUUUUAAUUUGUCUACGUGAACUCCAGACAAAACGUGAUUCAUAAGGUUUUUAUUUUUAUUUUAUUAAACAUAUACGUUGUAGAUGUGUAACAAACAGCAGCACUUGAAUGGGUGUGUGUGCAUUAUUUGUUAAAAAAUAAAAUGAUUUUUAAAUAAAACCACUCAUAAGCAAAGACUGGGUAGAGACGUUCAUAAUGAAUAAUAAUAACCAGCCGCUUUGUGAGUUAAUGUUGAAAGAGAAACGUCUGCAGAGGAAGCACUAGUCUAGAGUUUUUUGCAAUUUAGGCUUUUUUCUCAUCGACUAAGAAAUCUAAACUACAUGCUUUGGAUUUAUUUAACAUAUUAAAAUAUGUCUUGAACAAAAUACCAUUGAUGAUGUAAAAUAAAAUUCAGUUUUUAUUCAGUCACAGUUUCAUGAUUAAGACACAAAAACUACUCUUUUCAGGUUUAAAUAACAAGCACCAAAAAUAAAAAGCAAUUAUUUUCAGACUGAAUCAGGACUCGAACGCUGUCUAGUUUGGUUUUCCUCAUCUCCGUCCACAACCGUGUGAUCCCGAAGUUUAUCUUCAUUCCUGACAUCAGCUAAAUCGACAUUUUUUUUUAAUACACUUGCCUAUUUAUUCAACCACAAAAGUACAGAAACGCAAGUCAAAUUAAUCCUCUUCAGAAAAUGUUUUUGGUGUUUUCCUGAUGAGGUCAAGCAUAAAAAUUAAACUAUUUUGCUUAUUUUGGCCGGACUGACAAGAAAACAUGCGGCAAAACAGUCACAUCAUCAGUGUAUAUAGAUUUUCAGUACAACAUUUGAUACAAUAAUUUGCAUUUCCACUGAAAUUUUGACUUGUAUCUGAAUUUUUCAAAAUAAUCAACACAUGGAGCUGUUGACUCGACCUAUCGUGUAGCUCUGCAUCUCCUCGCAUGUUUAUUGGGACCUGUAUGUUUUAGCUGCGACAAAUACUUUAAUUAUCAAUUUACACAUUUUAUCAAAGAAGGGGCAAAUAUUUUCUGGUUUCCUUCAUCCUCUGUGUUUGCAUUAAAUUUCUUUAGGCUGAAGAUAAAAUGUUGCAUUUUGAGAAAGACAUUUCUACCCUUUUCGGACAUUUCACAAACCAAACGACUAAUUAAGAAAAUAAUUGUUAGGUGCAGUUAAAAUCAGGCAUAAUACCAGAUAAAGCUAUGCCCUUCAUUCAGAUUGUCCUUUCAGUCCAAAUCAAGAAUAAUUAUAAAUAUAGAUGAUCAGAAAUAUGAAACUAUCCAUCUGAAAACACAUUCUGUUUCAUUUUCUACAACUUGAAAACAGAGUCCAGAGACAGAGCUAGGAGUCUUGUUUCCCCUCAGACACUCAAAUGACAAUUUUUUGAAAGGUAAUAAUAAAAGUUUUGCCUUUAGUCGAACAUUUUUCAAUUACAGUUUUUAUGUCGUAAAACAAGUGUCGAAAAAAAGAGUCAGGAAACUGUAAUUACUCCAGCAGGUGUACGUGGUAUUAACUGAACUUUAAAGUGAUGACAUUUGCAGUGAAUUUCAUCUCUAAUCCUUUUUUCAUUCAUAUCCUGAAGGUGGAAUAUGUCGCCCUUUUGGUGCUGGCGAUGUGUCACGUGACUUGAUUCUUUACUUCACUCAAACUGCGACUUUGAACAAACAUGUCCAUCAUACCAGAAUUCAGACAUGAUCCAAAGUUUUUCCAUCUCUUGGCUUCGACUGCUGUACAUUUAUUAAAGUAAUGUCCCAUGAUGCCCUGCAACAAAGGCUGCAAUAAGAUGGAGCUUCACAGAUUUCAGCUGUUGAUGUUUAUCUGUUAAAGGAAGACGUGUGAUUAAACCUGUGCUGGUCCAAGGACUCUAAACGAUGGAGAGACUUUAAAACAGUCCAGUUUUAUUUUUGCUUUUCAACAUUUCCCACAAAAAGGGAAAUAACAUCAGCAGCAGUAUCGACGGUUGUCCAGAUUUUUCGAACACAGGAUGAUCUUUGGUUGGUUUGUUUCUGAAAAUGAGUUCUGAAUGUUGUUGCCUUAAUAGGGGUUGAGAUGAGCUUAAAUGUGCGUUAUUUUGUCAUUAUUUGAAGUGUCGUCGCAGCCAAAACUUAGUCGUCACUCACAUCUGCGACUCUAAAACCCCUCCUUCUUCUCCCAAAUUAGGACAAACUGUCUACUUUCAACUGAGGAUGAAUUUAUCCCAGAGUCUGCGUUUGACGUCACGUUUCCAUAGAGGUGAACUGAGCGCGUGCAGGUGGUGUCACAUGACCUGUGACGAGCUGACAGUUCAUAAACGGCUGCUGUGUUCGAGUACUUCCUGUUACACGUUCUCUCUCUUGCUUUUUACAUUUUGUGCCUGUUAUUUUAUUUCAUUUCUUCUCAAUUCGACAGUUUCUGAAUGAAGUUUGUUGAACAUGUCUGAAUUACCCAUGAGGCCGAGCGUUGACUGUCCUGCUAUAGUCUGUUCAUGUACAGGAGCUCUAAUGAUGCGUUCAGGUGCAGAUUGAACAUCUGACAUGUAUUCAUACAAACCCAAAUCGCAGUAUUUUUCCACUGAUGUUCUGAUGUAGAAUUUCACAGAGGAAUAUUAGAGACACUGAAUAAAAAAAAAUAAUAAUAUAAAUGAAUCCCCAAAAAAUGUCAAUAAAUCAUGUGAUUAUGAACAAAUGAAUAUGUAAUCUCUGAAAAUAAAGAUGUUUUGAGAAAACAGUGCAAUUUUA